UUAUCGCUUCAUUCGCAUUUUGUUGUUUUCGUAUGAAGCGCGCUUUGCCUGGAUUCUUCUCCGAUGGGCUCCAGCAGCGGUUCCGAGGAUGAUUCUGACGAACGUAGACGCCACAAGAAACACAAAAAGAAGGAGAAGAAAUCCCGGAAACACAAGAAGGAGAAAAAACAUAAGAAAAAGAAAAAAUCCCACAAAAAACGGGAUCAUGGAAGCGGCUCUGAUAGUGAUAGUGGAACAUCGUUUGACGGAGGACGCGACGAGUGGGUGGAGAAAGUAUUGCCGUCCCAGCCAUCGGCGGUAGAUAAGAAACCAGAGCGGGAGGACUGGAUGAAUUCUAUGCUGAUUCCAACAUAUAGUAGGGAGCCCAAAAAGGAAGAGAAGAAACCUACCGGAGAACAGUACGAUCCAAAGACCAGCGUCCGGGAGCUGAAUCCUCAUUGGAAGAAUGGAGGAAGUGGUUUGCCCAGUUUUAGGAGGCCAGUUGAGGACGAUGAUGGUUAUAUGGAACAGAGAAUCGCCCCUAAAGGAAGCUCUGGAAAAGAUUUCAGUAAAUCCAAUAAAAGUGGAGGAUGGAGAAAACCGAAUCGAUCUGAAGACACAAUUAAGGACAGUGGCAAGGCGAAGGAACAUGAUGAUGUAAAGCAAUCAAUAUCCUCUACUAUUGAUGAUGGUAUGUUCCUGACGGAUCAGCAGUUGAAUGAUUUGGGAGCUAAAUUGAUCAAGGCUGAAAUAAUGGGCAAUUCUGAAUUAGCGAAAAGUCUCAAGGAACGUUUAGAAAAUGCUAAAGCUCAUAGGAAUGAUAUUAAGAAUGCUCCCAAGUCCGAAACUGGCAAGAGCGACCACAAACGCAAAGAAUUGAAUGUGGAGGAAGACAUGAACUUCACUGUUAGCAAAUCAUCUGUUGAUAGCGCCCGUCAGAAUAAGAAACAAAAACGGUAUCAACAAAACCUUCCUCCAGGAGAUUUGGCUGAUAAGUUCAGAUCGGAACGGUUUGAAAAUGACAACAUGGAUGCCCAGUUUUUCAAGGUUUCCUCUAAGCUGGACCGUGAAGCAAACAAUUUGGACAACAUUUUCGGACACAGCAGCGCCAGUGGAGCUGAAUCUGGGCGGGCGAACGAGGAGAAAGUCGCUCGAGAUAUGAACAAACUAUCGCGUGCUCAGGCCGAUUGUGAAAGAUGCAUCAAUUCGUCCCACUUCCUGCAGGAUAAUGUUAUUUCGAUGGGUGAAAAUGUUUUCCUUGCUGUUCCCAGCUUCAAAGCACUUCAACCCAAACAUUGCAUGAUCGUUCCGAAUGGACAUUAUUCUGCCUUGACUCACAUGGACGAGGACGUGCAUCAGGAGCUGGUCGAUACGUGCAAGGCACUGAAACGCAUGUUCACCGCCCACAAGCAGGAAGUCAUAUUUUUCGAGACGGUUCGCUACAUAAACCGCAAUCCGCACACGUAUGUGCAGUGCGUCCCGGCCGACGACUACGAGAUGGCGCCGUUCUACUUCAAGAAAGCCAUCCUGGAAUCGGAAACCGAAUGGGCCAUGAAUAAGAAGCUGCACAAUAUUCAGGGGUUGGAAGUACGGCGCACUAUCCCGAAAGGUUUGCCCUACUUUUGGGUUAGUUUUAAUCUGGAGAAUGGAUUUGCGCACGUCAUUGAGGAUCAGGAAUGCUUUCCGGUGACCUUUGCCUCGGAAACAAUUGGCGGCAUCUUAGGAUUGGAAACGCGCGAUUGGCGGAAGCCAAGUCGAGAACGCAAUCCUCAACAACGGGUGAAGGAGUUUAUGCAAUGGUGGCAAGAGUACAACAAUUUAACAAAAGCUUAGCUAUAAGUUUCACAAUUGUAUGCAUUCUGUAAUUGUAUUACCCCAUCAAAUACAUUUAAGGAAUCCGAA